CUUGCGAACUGAGGUCUUGCUUGAAAGUUCAAGCAGAAUCGCCAUAGCCAUCUGAGCUUCAGAAUGAAAUCGCGAUUGAUUCCUUAAGGAAUCAAUGGCGUUAGCGCUAGGUGUUUCGUGGAGAUAAUUCUUACAAUGAUGACUUCCUCACCUCUAUCUUCCUCCAUAAGCUUGCAGAAUCAUCAUUUUCGGCUUGGCCACGAUUGGAGUAGGAGGCCGCAGAGAAGAAAGUCCUGUUUUAGCAUCCGUCAGGAAACAAGCAUUGUUAAGCCAAAGAAUAAUCAGGACGGGCCAAGCAAAAAGCAAACCUCCACGAAAGCAAUUGGAGAAUCUCCAAUAUCCCAGGAAGGUAGCCGCACCCUUCCUCUGGUUAAUGCAUUGAAAGUUUCAGCUGAGAAAGAUGCGGCUCGUUUUCACUUUCCUGGGCAUAAUGGAGGGAGAGCAGCCCCAUCAUCAUUUACUCAGCUCAUUGGUUUGAAACCAUUUAUGCAUGAUUUACCCGAGCUUCCAGAGUUGGACAACCUCUUUUGUCCAGAGGGUCCAAUUUUAGAAGCACAGCAGCAAGCAGCUAAACUUUUUGGGGCAUCAGAAACAUGGUUCCUCGUUGGAGGAACCACAUGUGGAAUUCAGGCUGCAAUUAUGGCAACCUGUUCCCCAGGAGAUCAUAUAAUUCUUCCCAGGAAUUCCCAUAUAUCUGUCAUAUCAGCUUUGGUGAUAUCUGGUGCAAUACCCAAAUACAUCAUGCCCGAGUAUGACUCCAAUUGGGACAUAGCUGGUGGGGUCACUCCAUCACAGGUGGAUAGAGAGAUCAAGGAUUUGGAAAUGGAAGGUCAAAAAGCAUCUGCAGUUCUUGUUACUUCACCUACUUAUCAUGGCAUCUGCAGUGACUUGAGGGAGAUUUCCCAGAUAUGUCAUGCUAAAGGAAUUCCCCUCAUUGUCGAUGAGGCUCAUGGGGCACACUUUGGGUUUCAACCUCAGCUGCCUCUUUCUGCACUCCAGCAAGGGGCUGAUUUGGCUGUCCAAUCCACCCACAAAGUUCUCUGCUCUCUUACUCAGUCAUCAAUGUUACACAUGUCAGGUAAUAUUAUAGACAGAGAAAUGAUAUGUAGAUGUUUACAAACACUUCAAAGCACCAGCCCUAGUUAUCUGCUUUUAGCAUCAUUGGAUGCUGCCAGAGCUCAGCUAAGUGAUAAUCCAGACAAGAUUUUCAAUAGAGCAAUAGAUCUAGCAUAUCAAGCGAAAAGAAAGAUGAAUAAGACUUCAGGUAUCUCGAUCCUCAAAUUUCCCAUGUUCUCCAACUUCCCUGCUAUUGAUCCAUUAAGACUCACUAUUGGUUUCCAACAACUUGGUUUGUCUGGCUAUGAAGCAGAUGAAACAAUAUACAAGAAUCAUAACAUCGUUUGUGAACUUGUUGGGAACCAAUCCAUUACAUUUGUCAUUAAUCUAGGAACAUGUGAAGAUGAUAUUGAAAGACUAGUGUCAGGUAUUGAUGAUGUGAGCUCUUUUGCAUCGAUUCUGAGAAUUGAAGGAAGAAGCAAAUUCAGUGUUUCUGCACCCUUUCCUAAUGUCAAAAUCAACUUGAAUCCUAGAGACGCAUUCUUUUCAAAGAAAAGAAGAGAGAACAUUAAAGAAUGUGUGGGGAAGGUGUGUGGAGAGCUAGUAUGCCCAUACCCUCCAGGAAUACCAGUAAUGAUACCAGGGGAGAUUAUAUCUGAGGAAGUUCUGGAUUAUCUGUUACAUUUAAAAAGCAAAGGUGCCUCUAUAAGUGGUGCAUCUGAUCCCAAACUUUCUUCACUACUAGUAUGCAAUGUGUAGGAGUAAGUGCAAAAUGGUUUAUGAAGUCUCUGCUCGAACUGGUUCUCGAUGAGUUCUCGAUGGUUCGGGUAAUUUAUAGCGGAGGAUAAAUUUGCAGUGUUUCUGGACGAAUACUGCAAACUCUUAUUGAUAUUCUUAUUGUGAGGACUGAUGAAGGAAAAUCUUCUGGGAAUGAAGUCAGGCUCCUGCUGAUAUUUGUGGCUGUUCAAAAUAUGAUUGGUGCAUGCAAUGCCAAUCUUUUCACCUGGGAGUAACAGUCAAAAGACUGCAAACCUUACCUUUAGAUGCUGUAAAUUAUUCAAUUAUUGUAAAGUUUGCCUUUCGUCCACCAAAUUUUGGGCUCGAACUAGCUUGUCGAGAAAGAAUGGUUUUACAGUUACAUAUUCAUUAACUAUGAACCUUGUUUAGCAGUAUUAUUCA